AUGAAUUUCGUGUAUCUUGUAUCACUUUUUACAACAGUUUGGUUGUCAACAUUUUGCAUUCAUAUAAAAAAGAAUAUUGGUUAUUAUCACUUUUUAGUCCCAUGUUACAACAUUUUCAAAAAAAAAAAAACAAACAUAAAAAAAUAUGACCAAGGAAUAAAUAAAAAUUUAAAUAAUGUGAUACACGCAGAACAAAUUAAUAAUGAAGAAAUCGAUGGAAAAAGCAUCUCGUCUAUAAUGUCCUACGAUGGUAGUGAUAUUAUAGAUAUCGAGAAAAUAAAAAAUAUACUUCCACAUAGAUACCCAUUUCUUCUUGUUGAUAAAGUAAUCCAUAAGCAAAAAAAUAAAAAAAUAAUAAUAGGUAUAAAACAAGUUUCAGUUAAUGAAAAUUUUUUCAAUGGCCACUUUCCAGAAAAACCAAUCAUGCCAGGUGUCUUGCAAAUAGAAGCCUUAGCUCAAUUGGGAGGAAUACUAUGCCUCCUAAAUGAAGAAAAACAAGGGGAAAAUAAUUUAUUUUUAUUCGCUGGAGUAGAUGGCGUUCGAUGGAAGAAACCAGUCCUUCCAGGCGACACACUAGUAAUGGAAGUGGAACAAAUUUCAUUCAAGGCUACCUUAGGGGUUGCUAAAUUACGGGGAUGUGCCUACGUGGGAGGCGAUGUAGUUAUAAAGAUAGCCGAGAUGACUUUUGCAUUAGCAAAAUGA